GGAUUAUGAUGCGAACCUAGCAGUGCCUCGUUUUCGUUGAUAAGUACACUGUUCUACCCACCUGGGGUGUUGUGUUAGCAGUAGUUUGACGUCGAGCGCAAGACUUGCAAGCAAAAUGCAGGUUGCGGCGCAAAAAGGAUUAGGACUCAGGCUUAACUGCACGACAGGGCGGAGGAGGACGCCGCUUACCGGCGUAUCCGAGUCGUGGUCAUGCAACGUUGAAGGGCGGUCUUGGAUCAAUGCACGACACGGCUUCUCCUGUCCUUCCUCCAUCUCCGCCUCCGCCUCCUGUUCCGUGCUUGCUCGGCGGCCGCUGGCGCCGGUCCAUUGCGCCUCCUCCGACAUUCCCACCAUUGAGCCCUCCACGCCCACUGACGUCCGGAUAUUCGAGAUCGGCGACGUGGUUGCGGGUGUCGUACAGUCCGUCAGGCCGUACGGCGCCCUCAUCGACCUGGGCGGCGUGACGGGUCUGCUGCACAUUAGCCAGAUCAGCAGCGAGCAUGUGCAAAGUCCUGAGGAGGUGUUUGCGGAGGGCGACAAGAUCAAGGUCAUGGUCCUCAGCCAUGACCGGAAGCGCGGCCGCGUGGGGCUGAGCACCAAGAAGCUGGAGCCCACGCCAGGUGACAUGCUGCGCAACCCGCAACUGGUGUACGAGAAGGCGGAGGAGAUGGCGGCCGCCUUUAUUUCCUCUGUAACGCGUGCCAGCAGCUCCGAGCCCAUUGAUGACCUCCCCAAGCUUGGCCGCGUGUACGAGGGUGUCGUACAGACUGUCAAGCCGUACGGCGCCUUCGUUGACCUGGGCAUAAUCGUGGGUCUGCUGCACGUGGAACAUAUCAGCUGCGAGAAGGUGCGCAGUCUUGAGGAGGUGUUUGCGAAGGGCGACAAGAUCAAGGUCAUGGUCCUCAGCCAGGAUCGGAAGCGCGGCCGCGUGACGCUGAGCACCAAGAAGCUGGAGCCCACGCCAGGUGACAUGCUGCGCAACCCGCAGCUGGUGUACGAGAAGGCGGAGGAGAUGGCGGCCGCCUUCAAGGAGCGACUGGAGCGUGUGUCCUCUUAAGUGACAGCGCAGGAACUAAGACGAUUGGACCAUUGAAUCGGACAUCCAGCUGGGGCAAGACGAUGUAGCCUUGAGGCCGAGGCUGCUGCAGCCACUGCCGGGUCAGCCCAGGGCGGGGAGACGCAGCAUACUUGCAGGGCCGAUUGGAAAGUCUUUAGAGCCCCUAGGCGUAUGGUGUAUAGGGUGUAGGGUCUGACGCGGGGACUGCGGAGCUGCGAGAGCUCCCGCCAUGUCCGGAAAUAAUGGGUGCACAUCAGAAGCGAUAGGGAGCCGGAAUAACCAAAUGUGAGACUGGACAGCCAUGUUUCUAGGAGUAAAAAAGGAG